AUGAAAUGUAUUAAGCUCAUUAAGCUUAAAAAGAUAUUUAUUAAGAUGGAAUCUUACCGUCAUGGUGAUCUAGUUUGAACAAAGUGCCGAAACUCUCAAGGAAUCCUUGCCAGAGUUUGUGAUCCUAAGUUUAUUAAUCUCCCAAUUGCUAUAAAACGAACUAAAAGAGCAAAUGCAAUUUUCCUAUGCUUUUUGCAUGAACCUCAAGAUUAGUAAUUUUUAUUCAGUCAUCAUGUUUCUAUCACCAAAACUUGGAGAUUUAAAGAAAAAUUUUUUGAAUGUGCUGAGCAAUAUUAUUGCAAAUACGAUAAGGGUGGAAAUUUGCUAACUCCCCAUCUCUAAGCGAAUAAUAAAAUAUUAUUUCAGGGGGUUAAUUUUUUUAAAAUAAUUGAGUUAUAAUUUUAUAAAUUUUUUUCUAAAUUUAAAAAAAUUGAAAUUCGCAAAAGAUUGAAAAGCAUAAAAUUAGUUUAAUUUGUAAAAUUUAUGUUUUAACAUGUAAGCUGUUUAAAAGUUAACAGAAUUAGCAGAGAUUUCAUUAUAAUAUUCAUCACUUAUAUAUCAAAAUAUUUUUUCAUAAAAUAUUAAAACUAUUUUUAUUCUCUAUAGAGGGGGAGUAAAUGAUGCAGUGAAUGAAUUAAACUGAAAAGAAGGCAUUGAAUUUUAUAACCAAAUCUAUACUAAAUACCUCACACUACCUCAAAAACGCAAAAAGCCUAAAUGCUCUAAAUGCCAAGUAUGCAAUAAAUCUACCGGCCGUCAAGUUGUGUGUCAAGAUUGUGGUCUCAAUACAGUUCAUAAAAAUUGUGGCGGAUUAAAAUCAGAAAUUUGAACUUGCAGUCUCUGCGAUGGGAUGCCUUCAAUAAAACGAUCUAUAUCUGACCCAUUCUCUGAAAGUUUACCUACAUAUGAAAGAUCUCUAUCUACCCCAGUCGGAACUUUUUCUAUCCCGCCUUUGCAGAUUGAUAAUGUGAUACAAAAUAUAAUUGACGAAUGCAACUGUGACGAAGUUUUAUCCUCAAUUAUUACACAACGACAGAUUGAAUAUAAUGAUAUCAAAUCCGAAAAAAAAGAAAUCGACAGAAUUGUGUCAGAUUUAGUCGACCAGCUACAGUGUGCCCAUACACCAGGCUUUGAAAGUAUGAGAAAGCUACAAAAAAUGUAUGGAAGAGGAUUUUUGAUGGCGAAACCUGAAGAUUUAGAAGAUUACAAGAAAGCCCAAAGAGAAGUUGUGAUUAAGCUGCUUGAGACAGAAAUUGUUAAAAAAAAGCAUAAAAAUAGCAUUUCUGGGAAAAAGGAAGAAGUAAAAGAAGUCUCUUCUAUUAAUUCAUUUUUGGAUCCGAAUAAGGAAAAUUCUGUGCAUAAUUUAAUGAAAAAGACAAUUGAUAAAAUGAUUAAUUUGAAAAUCGAGGAUGAAAAGCCAAAACUGACAUAUUCAAAGCUUGCUGAUAUUGUUAAAGUUAUAAUAGAUGGGACCUUGACAAAUUGUGAGUAUGGGUCAGGCUCACAUAUAGAUCAUAUAGGUGGAGGGACAAAUCCUGAACUCUUGAAAUCAUUAUUAGACAAAAUUAAAGAUAAAUAUAUUGAUAAUUAA